UUGCUUUAACUUAUAUUGAAGUUGUUAAAAUAUUUAAUUUGUGUGUUAGACGUAAGUUUGUGUGCUGGUGUCUAGAAAACUAAAGACGAUUAAAGAGUAAACUAUAAAUAUGUAUGCUUUCCAUUUCUUUUCUAAGUACAAAAUGUAUUGCUUUUGAAGGUGUUUUUAUUAUUCAUAUAGCAGACCAGAUGGUAUAUUUUGUAUAGUGGUCUAUGAGCAUUCACUAUACAACUAGAAAGUGAAAGCUGGACAGUACCGACCUGCACACUGCGUUUUCCCUUUCCAUACUCCCAAAUAAAAUCCAGCAAACUCCACCAUGCCCCUGCAACAUUCUCUCGAGCGACACAGUAGAAAGCUACUACACGUAUACAAAGAUGAAACAAACUCAAAUGUGGACAUAUAUCUUUGUGAUAUUUUUAACUCUGCAGAGUCAAUGCUCCGCUUGCAUAUGGCUCGGCCAAUACAAUUUGGUGAGCGCCGAAUCUCUGAAAUGGCUUAGGGAAAUGGAUGGACAAUAUCCUGAGGAGAUGAAGGUGCCAUUUCCAAGGACCCUGUACAACUUUAUAGGCAAUGCUAAGGUGGAGGACCAGGUGAGGUUUCUUGUCUUGACCUUAGAUCAGAUCAUCAGCCUCAUGGAUGCCAGAGAGCACAUGAAUUCAGAGCAAUGGAACCUAACGACAGUGGAAUAUAUCCUACAAGACCUGCGCAGGCAGUCAUCUGAGCUUAAAGAAUGUGUGGCCCAAUACCAAAAGCCGUCACAUAUGGAGUCGUACAAGAAAAAGAUAAUAAGGCACUUCAGGACUUUAAAGAAGAGUUUAAAGAAAGAAAAAUAUAGUACUCACGCAUGGGAGAAGAUCCGGAGAGCUGUGAUAACCCACCUUCAGAGGAUGGACAUCAUCGCAAACAACGCAAACAAGUCCCUGGAAAGAGUUUAACAGACAAUCAAUGACAGAAAAAAAUGUCUGACUUGUGACACAUUCCAUAGAAAAAAAAAAAAAAAAAAAAAAAAAACAAUGUUACAAAUGUAUUUGUGAAUUCAGAUGCUUGUAUUUAAUUGCAAUGAAUGAAACCUAGAAUGUAUUGAAAAUAGCUUGACUAAUAGGCAGUGCUUUAAUACAGUGUUUACCUUACGUGUUUCCAUGAAAACUUGAAGUUGAAUCAGACCAAACAAGCUAAUUAUGUUUCUUACAAAUACCUGUGAAAACUUUUCUAUUUGGUUAAGGUGAGAGUAAGCCUCUUUGCUUUCAACUAUACUCAGAUAUUUUGCUAACUAAAUGUUAAAAUAUGCUAUGCAUUUCAGAUUAUAUGUAUUAACUGUGAGUCAGCCAGCAUGUUGAGAUGCACAUGCAUGUUGGUAUAUUUCAUGAUUGUUUUAAGUAUACUUAAAUGUAUUUAUAUAUCUUUGUGCACAAUUUUUAUACCCCAGUAUAUUUAUUGUUUUCAUAUUUAAUGUUAUUUAUUUGCCCUAACUGUCAUAAAACAUUUUGUACUUUCAAAUAAAAAUAAUUUAUUGAAUCUGCUUAAGGCAUUGAACUUCCACACACCAGUACAGUUUACAAUUCCUUGUACUUGUCUUACUUCGCCUACUUUUAUGGGUCUUCAGAGAUUGAACGGUCUUUGUGAAAUGUAAAAAAGUGUUUUGUUUUGUUUUUUCCUGUAAUGCAAAUGCUUCACUAUAUUGGACAUCAUAAAGACGCUCUUUUCGAAGGGGGGCGCCAAAGUCAUAUCUGGGGCAAAACAUUUCUUCUGUGAGAAUGAUUAUAUUUGCUGCAUGGGAAAAAUGUCUCUGUUGUUGUCAAUACAAGUCCAAAACAUCUGAAACAUUUUUUGUGUUCCACAAAAGAAAUAAAGUCAUACAUGGGAACAAAAUAAGCACUGUUGUUAAAUGAUAACUGAAUUUUCAUUUUUGAGUGAACUUUCAAUUCAAGCUGUGCAGAUAUGAAAAAAGAAAAGAAAAAAAAAAACACAAACUGAAACCGUUGAAGCAAAUUUUCAAAUAGGCGCUAUCUUUAUUAACAAAC